AAGCUCUCAACAGGAAAUCAACUAAAAACUUCGAUGUCUAUUGUGUGGCUAUCUCUAUUUUCAGGGAGCUUCACGGAUAUCGUUUUGUAUAAAGGUGUAGCUUAUGGACAUGGAAGACAACUGAGGAAGCGAGCUAAUGUGGCCAUUAGACUUUCCUCCAUGGUCCUGAAUCAUCAUAUAGCUCUUGUGGUACUGAUGGAAUAGCUUUACAGGUCUGGUUCUAAGAAAGGAAGAAAAAUGAAGCACAAAGAUUUGGAUACCAUUAUAUAAUUUAGGUAACCAUUUGUGCUUUUAUGAUCAUUCAUUCGCCUUAUUAUCAAUAUUUAUAUGUAAAAACCAUCCUCUAAAUCAACUCUCUUGGCCAACACAGAGGAGACUAGAGCUGAGACAAGAUAGGAACCAUUUCUGGGCAUGGCUUAAGCAAUGCAAUAAGCGGCUCAGCCCUAUCCAUUGCCACACUGAACGCAGGCCUCAUGUCUAUGUCUUCUUUUUCUACCUUCUCCCACUCAAAACAUUGAACCAAUGCUCCAACAGCAAGCGACACUACCCUCAUUGCAAGUCCAGCUGCAGGGCACGCCCGCCUCCCAACUCCAAAUGGCAAAAACCUAAAACCAUCUCUAUCGCCAACAAACUCUUCAAAUCUCUCCGGCUUGAAAACAUCUGCUUCUUCCCAAAGCUCACCGUCCCUAUGAACAGCCCAAGCAUUCACCAACAACACUGUAUUUUCAGGGAUCUCGUAGUUGCCUAAGUUGAAUCUCUUGGAUGAACAGUGAGGAGGCAAGAUAGGAGCUGCAGGGUGUAGCCUAAGCGUCUCAUAGAUGACACAUCGAAGAUAAGUAAAAGCGCCAUUGCCCAUUCCAUUGUCACCGGUGAAGUAUCCGAUCCGGCGUUGAACAUUAACACUACAAUUCCUUUGAUAACAUCAUCAGAGUAAAAUUCAGGUUCUGAUUCUUGAAGCUUCAAGAAUUUCUCCACUACUGAACCAGUGGAAUCAAACUUCUUCAUUCGAAUAUCAUCAAUGAGUCGCUGAAGAUACUCAUCUCUCAUCCUCUGUAUCUCAAUCACUCUGUUCUCAAGACCUUUGUACCCAAUCCAUCUCAACACUGGGAAAUAGUCACAGACAUUCAUCGACGAUAGGCUCGAGAAAAACCUUGAUUUGAAUUCAUCUAAGAACUUCGUCUCUGAUUCUGAAUCACUCUCAUUGACCCCGCGAUUUCCAGAUACUAAUCUAAGCAUGACGUGAGCGGUGAGAAGAGUGAAUUGAUACCUGAGAUCCACUUUACAAGAAUUACCACCGGAGAAUCUGAAGAGACUCGAACAGAGAUUGGAGACUUCUUCAGUUCGUAUGGAAGAGUUCUUCUGUAAGCUGACGGAGGAGAAGACUUCGAGAGUGGAGAGACGACGGAGAGUCCGCCAGAGAUCGCCAUAAGGAGCAAAUCCAAAGUUUUUGUAGCCGUAGCUGAAGUGAUCGGAGGUAAUGGUCUUGGGACGAUUCGCAAGGGCUAUGUCGUGAUUGGUGAAGCAUUCUUCGAUGGAAUCUGGAGAAGAGAGGAUCAAAACUUCACGGCAUCCGAAUUUGAGGAACAGAACCGGGCCGUAGUUUGAAGAGAGAUGAUGUAGAGCUUGUGGUAAAGGAUACUUAUUGAUGAGAUGAAGAUGACCGAUGAUCGGAAGUGGAGUAGGACUUGGAGGUAGUUUAGGGUUUUGACUCCAUAGGAACUUGGUGAUGAAGAAGGUCAAAGUAGCUGUGAGCAAGAAGAUGACCCAGAGAUUUUCCAUUUUCCUUUUUGAGUCAAUCUCGUAAACUAUCAGAAGAAGAAAAAACAUCAUUUAAAUCACUUUUGUUCCAUUUUUUUCCGUU